CCCCGAGAACUGAGCCUCUACUUUAGUUACUCCUCUCUUUGGGAGACACGCGUCGUCAAGAUAAUGCCAGAGCCAACAGAAGAGCCUAGAAUCGCAUCCAAACAGUCGAUUAAGAAGGCAUACAUCCUUCUGCGAUCGAUCAAGGGAAAGGAGAGGAAAGUGAAGAGACCUGGACAACCCCCCAAGGAAGUAAGAAAAUCGAAAAAAACAGUUGGUGAUUACAGGGCAGAACGUCACCUGAAGACUCUUGCGCCGGUUUAUCCACCCACGAAGAGGCGACACCCCUGGCAGAUGGGAUUUGUGAUGCAGGAGUUCAGGAAUGCAAUGGGGAAACAGGACUGGAUAGCCCUCCAGAGGCUGUUCCCCUACUGUGGCCCAGACUCGUGCGAUUUUCAGGCCCUGAGGUUCACCUAUGGCUUCCUCCUGAGCCUCUGCAGCCCCAUCAGCAACGAGAGCUACUUCCAAAACUUCCUGGAGACCUGCAUCGGCGGAAACGUCGAGACAACUCUCCAGAGGCUCAUGACCCUCCAGACGAUGCAUCGACGAGGAAAAAGAAAUCCUGAGGAUGACGAGGACCAGGAUUAAGGGAUUUAUUCACAUUAUUUUGUUAUAUGUGUAUUUAAUCUUCAGCUACAUCAGCAUUUGGUUACUUUCAUCGAUUAUUUCUCGUAAACAAUUUAUUUAUUGAUACAAAUGUGGUAUUUACAAGUGUUCGGGGGCUGUUAAAGAUCCUGGAGGAGAUUAAUUUACAGGGGAUUAAUUGGACGAGGGGAGGACUUCACGUGGGGAAAUUAUUAUUAGAAAAACUCUUCUGCAUGAAAUAAUGAAUUUAUACUGGAGCUUUAAAAAUUCUCUGGAAUUUU